AAGGAAAAUAACGCGAUAGUUGAAUGAACGUAACGCUUGUAGUAAACCUUAUCAGAGUUAACUGUUUAGGUUUCACCCCUCACAUUGACCGGCUUUUAGCUAAAUAAUAUUGUUGGUAUCACGUUUUCAGACGAAAAAGUCUACGCGAUAUACUAUAAAGAUGCAUGCUGCUACAGCAAAAUGGUAUGACAGACGAGACUCUGUUUUUGUAGAGUUCUGCGUUGAAGACAGUAAAGAAGUAAAAGUAAAAUUUGACAAGUCAAAAUUUGAAUUUAGCUGUGCCAGUGGAACAGAAAAUACCAAACACCACAAUGAAGUUGAACUUUUUGGGGAUAUUGACCCCAAAGAAUCCAGACACAGACGCACUGACAGAUCAGUCCUGUGUUGUUUAAAAAAAGCAGAGCCUGGGAAAUCAUGGCCAAGACUAACCAAAGACAAAGCAAAGUGCAACUGGCUGAGUGUGGAUUUCAACAAUUGGAAAGACUGGGAAGAUGACUCGGAGGAGGACUUGUCAAGUUUUGACAAAUUCUCAGAGAUGAUGAACAGCAUGGGUGGGGAUGAUUUACCUGAUUUAGAUGGUGCAGAAGAAGAGCAUGAUUCUGCAGACAGUGAUGAUGAAAAGAUGCCAGACCUUGAGUAGGCAAACAGGGUUGCCAUCUCACUAGUGAUCAAGGCAAGUCGAAAGUCUAAAGAACGAAACUAGACAAUGAGUUGGCAGCCAUGUUGAAGAACACCUCUCUACCCAGUUUCCAAAGUGAAAUCCCUGCAGGGAGUGACUGUUGGAUACAGACAUGCACAGACAUCCGUAACAACAUCCAGUGCUGUGCUUCGCUGUUUUGUUCUGCAUGGACAAUUCUGUUCAAUUGAAAAUGUGUUCCCUGACUUCAAUGACUGCAUUGGGAUGUGCUGAUGUCUUAUACCCUGUUUCUCUCCAUCUUUCCUUUUUCUGUUUUUGGAUUUAUUUCCAAUGUCAGCUUAUGUACAACGUGAUUUCUAAUGACAAGAAGGAAAAACGCAUAUUUUCCAAGUAGAUUUUCUUAUGACAGACUUCCCCUCUGUUUGUAUUGUAAAUUGCACUUAUCUUUAAUUUAAGAGGCAAGAAUUCUUCUUUAAAUUGAGAUUUUCAAACAUCUGCAAAUAUUUAACUGUAAUUUCAUUUUUUCUAAAAUAUGUUGCUGCAUUCUAAAUGAGCUGAUAUGUUUUUUCAACUACAGAUUUGCAGUGAGAAUAUGGUUGUGGGGGUCUUAAAUCUUGUAUGUUCACAUCUUGGAGAGGCCUUGUUUUCUUAAUGCUGUCUUUUAGAGAUCUUCCUUUGUUGGAAAUAUUGAAAGCAUUUUUUGCCCCGUAAGUAUUAUGUGAGAAGAUAAAUUGGCUGCAGUUCACUAAAGGUUGUUAAUUGGUUAAAAUUAUUUAUCAUAUUAAAAAAACCUGCUCUGAAUACUUUUGAUUCUAAGUAUCAAAACUUGUUUAUUGUUAGUGUUGGGACUUUAAGAAUUUUUAAUAAACUAACAAUAUA